AUACCCGGAUGUCCGUGCGCGGUUGCCAUUCCAAGUGGAAUAAAGGCAUGGGGUUCUUUGGUCGCCAUUUUGGAUUGAGGCCAGGCGACGCCAUAUUGGGUUGGGGCAGAGAGGCUCCAUCGAGCGGCCAUUUUGGAUAGGGGCAGAGAAGCCGGUGGAGGCGAGCGAGAGCGACACGGGCGGUGUGGGGAGGGGCUGGAGCGGGCUCUGUUUGAACUGAUAAUCAUGGCAUCCAGCAAGUUUGUUAUUAAGACCUUCUUCUCCGUUUUCGUAAAUGAAGAAAUGCAAACGGGCUAUACUACCCACUCAAAAUGCUGGGUUCCCAGGGAUGGAAUUCUUUUCAUAAGGGCCAUUGUGGGAACUUUGCUGUCCUAGUGGAUUUUCAUAUUUUGCCUCAAGGCUCCAGUAGAGACUCCAGCUGGUUUUCAGAUCAUGAGAAGGAGGAACUGUGCUUGCUGCUAAAAGACACUAUUGAUUCAAGAGUCAAGCACUAUUUAGAAGCUCGUAAACACCGUGGCCAGUGGAAACACACGGAAUGCACACAAGCCAUUCCCUUGUUCCUAAAAGGUGGCAAUUUUCACAUUACAGCCUACUUCAUAAAGAGAUGGGUCAAUCUCCGUUGUGUGGUGGGGAAGCAGUAUCGCGAGCUGCGUGUAUUUCCAGACAAAUUUGUGGUUUGUGUCACUAGACUUGAAUCUAAUCCCAGUCUUUGGACAAGCGAAAAUGGAGCACUGAAAGAAAAGCUUUCUAGUGGGACCUCUGAAUAUUUUGCUGAAUCUACUGAAAACAAAAAGUGUAAAAUUCCUCCGACUCGACAGAUAAAGCAAGACAUCUUGCAAAAGAUUGUGAAAAGGACAGAAACAAGGAACAGUGACAUGAGCAAACCUCAAACCAGCAAGGACACAAUGCAAGUGUAUCUUGGCUCAGGGGACUCGGAGAUAGGGAGCAGGAAGAAGGAACAUCAAGCUCCUUCCGAUCCUCAGUCUGAAGUAAAAUGUAGGAGUAUAGGACAACCAAAGGAUUGCAUGAAUACAGCUGAGAGCAACUCGGAGCUUCCUGCCUUAGAACUGGAAAAUCAUGUUAAUCAGAGACAGCCAGAUGAUGCUAGCAGCCAGCAAACACUUCACUCCGCAGAGUGGUUAAAGAUGAGACUUCUAAGCAGUAACCCUCCAUGUAGCUGUGAGUCAGCACUGCCAGGUCCAAAAGAAAGUCAAAGAAUGACUAAAACACAGAAUCAACAAAAGAGUUGUGGUUCAGAGGAAGGGUUAGACCAUUGCAAGAAAGUAUCUUCUGAACAGGGUCAUUUAAUCCCCAGAGACGUAGAAAGGAAAAAGAGCAACUCUGAUUGUUUAGAACCAUCUUCGGAGGAGAAGUCCCUACUGAAUCCCAAGUUGUUUUCUAAGCAAGACUUGGCAAAAGCCAUGUCUGAUGAAGAGUCACUUACUUUGGGAAAAAUUCCCCCAAGACCUGUUUUCAUAAAAAAUAAUAUACCAGUAAUACAGACAAACCAAAAUGAGCCAGCCGCAACCACUGAAGAAUUAUCCCUAAUGCCGCUAUCCUCUUAUUUAAAAUUUAACUUCAAACCUUCAGAGAAACUUAUCCAAAAAAGAAAGAAAGAGGGAGAAGAUGGGCCCAGAAAGUUAAAACUACGGAGACUUAAGAAGUAAUGAUGUAUUAAAUAUUACCAAGGUGAAAUCAGUUGUGCAACCAAACUUGUAUUCAAUGGACCGACAUAUAUGGUGAAUUUUUAGGAAGCAGUUCUGAAUAAAGAGAAGUGAUCAAAAUACUGAAUGUUAAACAUAGUGUCCAUGUUGCUAAACUUUCUAACAAUAAAAUGGUAAUAUUUAAAGCUAGACAUUCUAUAGGGUCGUGUUUUGAUACUACUAAUAAAUCAGCAUCUGGAGAUCUGAUGACAAAAAAUGCUAAAGUAACUUCCACUAUAGUCAGUUAACUGGUACAGAUUCUCCAUUUUUCUGCGGACUACUAAACUCACCAUUUUAUUCAUUGGUACAAGCUCAUCAUUUAGUCUUUUGGGGGAAAAAUACUUGGUUAAUUCAUUUGGUCUUUGGAACCUUGUCAAGCAAAUAAAUACUCACGAAAAAGUACCCUAGUAUAGGGCUCUCAUCUAAAAUAUUUUCAAGUAAGACUUUAGCCAGAUUAAAAACUGAUAUGUGCAACAGUCAUUUAGGGCCUGGUUUUUCAGCAGGGACUCAACAUAAAUACACACACUUUUCUCGUGCUAGCUAUGCACACGGGUGGUAGAAUUUUCACAUGCAUACUUCAUUGAGAGAAAUGAAGUUUGUAUGUGCAAAGCACAUCACCUUCAGGUGCAGGAGUUAUUGUUGGGGUAAGUGCAUGCACACACAUUAAAAAUCAAACAUUAUCUGUACUUAAGGGCCACUUACUAAAGCUUCCUUUUUUGUAUUUGGGUUUAAGAUAAAUCUGUAGUAUUUGACUAUUAUCAAUAUGGCAUUGGAGUUAGUUCCUAAUGUCACAUCUUUUUUAAUAUUGCUUUUAUGACUUGUGUACUUCAUUUUGUGUACCAAUUAACUCAUUAUUUCAUAGUCUUCUUCCUAAAAUGGAUACAAUAAAAUGGCAAGAAAUUUCA